UCUCACUUUUACUUCACUCUUUGUCGGAGGUGGGAGGACUAGCUGCCCAGUUAGCAGCUGAGCUAAAUUCGCUCACUGUGUUUUUGUAAAAAAUUACUUUUUUGUAACACGGCCCGUAAAUAUCCUCACACCGGGUCCUUUUCCGUGUAUUGUGCUCCAAUAAGAUGGUCGUUCUGACAAAUAACAAUGAAGAGCAGGAUUAUAUCCUGAUAGAGGAGCGUAAAUGUGUCUCCUUGCCCAGCUCUCCUGCCAAGCGAGUGUCUCCCACCAAAAAGAAGCAGUUUUAUAUCAACCAAGCCAUCCGCAACUCUGACCUCACUCCUCGAGCCAAAGGCAAGAAGAGCCUUCGCCGACAGGAGAACACACGUUUUCUUGCUAAUCUUCUUGAGAGAGAUGAGUGCUCCAAAGAUGAUCUGGAGGUUUGCAGUAACCCGGCCAUCCCGUCCAUUUUCACUGAAGCCUGCAACAAUGGAAACUACAUAGAGCCAUGGAAUGACUUCAUGAACUGCUCUGGUGAGGAGCAAGAGAGGCUGCUGUCUCUGCUGGAGCAGGAAGUGGCCAAGAAGAAAGAUACUAAUCGUCUCCUCAAAGACCAGAGGAAUGUAAAUCCUGCCUUCAAUGCUCAGGAUUGCUUCCAGAGAAUUGAUCGCAGACUGCGUGCCACUUUGAGACGGAAACAAGUCCCCAUGGGAAUUCUGGAAGUACUUGAGGAAAAUCUUCUGAGCUUCUUCAAUACUCAGCCUCGUUCUGUUUAUACAACUAACCUCACCAGCAGCUUUGAGAGACUGUUGCUUCACGCCGUCUGCCAGUACAUGGACCUCGUCUCUGCAAGCACCAACUACAAUGGGUCACGUCAGACUGAAGUGGUGAACAAACAAGAAGAGUUUCUCCCUCCGACACUUCUGUUGUCCGCUUACCUGGAGCAGAUAAGCUGAGACCAGGAUGCUCCUGGGAGCUGACAUAUAUAGAGAAGGUCUGUGUAUCUGUUUAAUGUCCACCACCUUUUGCAAACACAGAUAAGAGACAACAGCUUCCUCUACACUGGUCUGUGGGUUCUGUAGUACAUUUUCUAUUAAUUAUUAUGAAUGAACAACUCAUCAAUAGUCCAUUGAUUCAUGUAUAUAUACAGUACAACCUAAUUAUCCCAAAGUAAAUAUUAGCAUGUUAGGUUAUUAUGUGAAUAAACGGAGAUAAACACUCAUUUUAAAGUGCAGGGAGUAGACACACACCAGAAGCUGAUAUCGGAAAGUUUAAACCGCUCCGACUGCAACAUCCCAACAGACAUGAACCUGUUUUGUUAUAGUUUAUUGCAUGACCUUUUGAGUUGCACCAGAUUCAUCACAUAUUAGAUAUUUUCUGUUAUAGUAGAAAUGUCACAGCUGCGUUACAUAGUCCCUUUUCCCAGGUAUUUGAAAAAGUUGAAUUGUAAUAUUUUCAGCCUGGAAGAUCAGGGGGUUCAAACACCUGUCUCCACUAAUCUACAUGCUAACCCAUUUAACCCAAAAUUGACUUCAAUAUCCAGGCACUGUGGGUGCAUAAGCAUACUCCUGAUCCCGAUGAGUAAUGAUGAAUAAAAUUUAAAAAAAACUAAACCAAAUCAACUACGUUUAAAAAAGAAAUCCAUUCUUGUGACCACAAAUAUUUACUGGAGCUGAAAGAAGAAGAAAAACAUCAAUACUGGCAUAAUGAUGAUAAAGUAUUCUUCUCAAUGAUCUCAUUAGUGACACUGUGGUCAUAUUAUUAGCCCUGUAACAGCAGAAUAUCAAAAUGUUAUUUGCAAGACUGACAUAAUCAAGACACAAUGGAUGAAAUUAAGAUUAGAUGAAGUCAUGGUUCAAAAUGAAUGAAGGUUCAAAUGAUAUCAGCUUCUGCACAGUGUCUACCCUAUAUUUCGGCUUUAGCCAUGAGGUUUUACUAAUACUUUUAUUAGCCCAAUUACUCUGGUCUCUCUUCAUGAAGUGAAUAUUAUUCAUUUGCUCAUAACAUCAAUGCAUAUCAAGGUCUGGGAUAUUUUAGACAAUAGGUUAACAGUCAUUACUAUAUUAAGCUAAAUGAGCAGCUGUAAAGUAGUAGUGGCUGAUAUUGUUCUAAACACAGACAAAUCAUCAGAGUCUAAAGGACUACUCUUAAAUAGGAAAUUCGAACGAUGGUUGUGUAGGAAAAGAUUAUACUUGCGACUUAAACAGUCUUCAGAGAAACGUAAUAAAAAUCUGUUAUGAAUUGAAAUGUUCUCCGAGGCAACGAUGGCUGAUCAGAUCGGAGUUUUACAGACCAAAGACGGCCUGCAAAAGUCAAGGAUCAAAUAUUCACUGCUGAACACAGUGUAUGUAAACAUUUGGGUUCAAACAAAUGGAAAAAACAAUGCAGGGCAAAAAAAAGUGAUAAAGAGUGAUGCUAAUGUGCUUCCACUCAGAUGUACUGUAUCGUUGUUGGUACUUUUCAAUGUAUUACUGAUGACAAACAGUUAAACACCACGUGAAAAUGACUUCACUAUGACCAAACUAACAUCCUCAGGAGUUAGGAGACUAUUACCAUUAAGCACAACUUCCUCACACUAAAUGACAAUUAAAAAAUAGUUGGUAAAUGAAUGGAACUUUUAACUCCGGACCCACUUAUCAGCGCUGUUCAGGAUGUGAGGACCAUGAAGGUCCAAUAAUAUAUGACGUGAAUAUAUGUGUUAAUGUGUUGAGACAGGAAGUGAUCCGUUGCAUUACUGCCUAAAGGAUCGGCCUGUAGGUGUAUGACUUGUGUAAGCAGUGAAGCAUGAAUACUUAUAAUCUCUUUCAACGAUAUGCACAGACUCGUCACUUAUGGCUCAUGUAGGUGUAAAGAAAUAUUUGUCAUCAGGUGUGUGAAAUAACAGACUUCUAAUACACUUAUAAUACACCAAUAUUGACAUAAUGACUGUAUUUUAUAAUCAUCUCUGUGUUAUGCAUUAGGAGGAAAUUUACUCUUUUAAUAUGUUUACUUCAGGGUCCGCUUUUUAUUUUGCUCUGUCAAACCUCAUCGUGUUUCAAGUCAUCGUCUCAGUGGCAGGUUACUUUUUAUCCAACCAAACUGUCAAUAUUGAUAAAUGAACACCGUUACAAAUACCACAAUAACUGUCUUAAUGGAACAAUAUUUUAAAGGCUUCUUUUCCCACUUGAAGCUAAAAUCAAUGAAAACAUGGCACCACUGUGGACAAGCUGAUCCAUGUGCACAGGUGUAAGCAAGGUACACAUAUUCUUUCAGCCACAGUUAACGUUCACACACAGAAAAGGAGCUGUACUAACACACAACUACAACUUAUAAGCCUCUCUCUUACAUGAACUGGUAUUUUAAGUGUAAUUGUGCAAUAGAUAGUUUGCACUUGUAGAGAAACAACAACAUUUAAUGUGUUUUGAUGGUAAAAAAAAAAAAAACCUGCUGAGUUUUAACUUUCAGGUAUGUGUCGUAUUUACAACACCAGAAAAUCUGCCUUAAAACACGUUCUUUGUAUCUAUAUUUAUGAAUUUUUACUUGACUACAGUUUGGAAAGAUGUGUCCAGAUGAUUAAAAACAAAAAAAGAUCUUAUUACCAAUUUCGUUUUUAUACUGCUGUCAGCAGUGUAACUUGACCUGUUGGUGCAUUUUGUCAAAAACCAAAGUUUGCGUGUUUGUUGUGAGGGAAAUCAACUUCUCAGGCUUUCGAUUUCUCACUCUGAAUGUCAUGUCGUGGCUUCAUUUGGUGGUGUUUUCUCUGUACUGUAUACUCUCAUCACGAUGAACUGAAUCAUGUUCACUCCAACACCUCGGGGUGCUGCCAACUUUUUAAAUCCCCGUAAAAGUAGUUGUACUGUAAACACUGAACUUAAAUGAUUGACUGGUGCCAUAAUUGACUGGUGGUUUGUGAAUGUCUAAAAUUGUCUGAAAGCUUUUUACACAAGACCAUAACAUCCAUGUGUAUAUAAUGAUAAAUGUGCUAUAAAUGUGCUUAUUUAUAGGUAUCACUGCAACUAUUAAAGCAUUCACUUUCUUUGUUUCUCA